UGCCCUCCGUGCGGCUCCGGCUCCCACACCCCCGCCUCCCGCUGCCGGCUCUCCCUGCUCGGUCGCUCCUGGCCGGCUGAAUCACUCGCUCCCGGACUUCUCUCGGGCUGCGGCGGCUGCUCCUUCAGCCCCACCGGGCAGGACAGGGCAGGGCAGGGCUGGGGCAGGCUCUCCCGGUCACCCCCCAGCAGAACCCGAUGUCCGCCGCUCCCGUCCGAUCCCCGACGCUGCGGCCCCACAGAAUGAAGAAAGACGAGUCCUUUCUGGGCAAGCUAGGCGGGACGCUGGCGAGGAAGAAGAAAGCCAAGGAGGUGAGUGACCUCCAAGAAGAAGGUAAAAAUGCUAUCAAUGCACCAAUGAACCCAAGUGCCAUGGACAUCCAUCCAGAAGACACACUAUUAGAAGAGAACGAAGAACGCACUAUGAUUGAUCCUAACUCAAAAGAAGACCCCAAGUUCAAAGAACUGAUCAAGGUUCUAAUUGACUGGAUUAAUGAUGUGCUCGUGGAGGAGAGAAUCAUUGUCAAACAGCUUGAAGAGGACCUCUAUGAUGGGCAGGUGCUGCAAAAGCUGCUAGAAAAAUUGGCUGACCGUAAACUGAACGUGGCAGAAGUGACGCAAUCUGAAAUUGGUCAGAAACAGAAGUUGCAGACAGUCCUGGAAGCUGUCCACGAUUUGCUCCGACCCCAUGGCUGGGCAAUCAAGUGGAACGUUGACUCAAUCCACGGCAAGAAUAUGAUUUCCAUUCUUCACCUUCUGGUAGCUUUGGCAAUGCAUUUCAGGGCUCCCAUUCGACUGCCUGAACACGUGUCUGUGCAAGUGGUAGUUGUACGGAAACGUGAAGGCCUCCUUCAGACCACUCAUGUUACAGAGGAGCUGACAACUACAACAGAGAUGAUGAUGGGAAGAUUUGAGCGUGAUGCCUUCGACACACUGUUUGAUCAUGCACCAGACAAACUCAGCGUAGUCAAAAAGUCUCUGAUCACCUUUGUGAACAAACACUUGAAUAAACUGAAUUUGGAAGUAACAGAGUUAGAAACCCAGUUUGCAGAUGGUGUUUACUUGGUUUUACUCAUGGGUCUCCUUGAAGACUAUUUUGUUCCACUUCACAACUUCUACUUAACACCUGAAAGUUUUGACCAAAAGGUCCAUAAUGUUUCCUUUGCUUUUGAGCUGAUGCAAGAUGGAGGACUGAAGAAACCAAAAGCUCGCCCUGAGGAUGUUGUCAACUUGGAUCUGAAGUCUACCCUCAGGGUUCUAUACAACCUGUUCACAAAGUAUAAGAACAUUGAAUGAUCCUGGAAGCUGCUGAGGCCUUCAUCCUUCCACUUCUUUAGGCAGAAAUCACAAUAAACACACCCUCUGCACGCUCCCAUUGUGCCUUAUGCUACACCUGAUAGAUUCUUUCUACGGUUGAUGCAGUCUCUGCAGCUGUUUGUAUGACAAUCCCACUAAAAAUAAUUCAUGUGUAUUCUCUAUGUCACUUGAAAAUGUGUAGAUAUUUGACACUUUUACCAGAAAAUUCUUUUGAAUGUGUUGUUUCUUAUGAUCAACAAGUAUUCAUUUGAUAAAGGAGAUAUACCACUAACUAAUGAGCAAGGAAAACGUGUGACCUUCCUCAUGGCUGGAAACUGGUUCUUGUACAGACUUUCUCUUGCAUGGUCCUUGGUUGUGCCUGCCAUUUGAUAAUUUUCCAGGCUUAAGUGUUAGCGACUGAAAAUCACAUUGGAACUUAUUUAGCAGCUGAGCCUUUUCUCUUAAAUAAUGUUUUGUAUGUUCUGUUGGGUUGGUGGGACUGAGGGGAAUUCCAAGCACUAUAUGAAGCUGAUAGCAAAAGCUUCAGGUUUUAUGUUAACCUCUUGCUACUCAGUGUUACUUCCAUUCAGUGUUUACAAAGAAUAAGUCUUGCAGUGGGAUAACCAGCUAAUCUUUUGAUGCCCAUUUUUUAUUUCAUCUCCUUUCUAGGAUAUAUUUGGUUUCUAGAGUCACUGUUAUCCUUUAAGCACACAGCUUCAGUCAGGUUAGUCAGGGGCUGGUCGAAGAGGCACAAGCUGGCUUGAUGCAUUUUGCUCCCAGUCUUUUCUGAAAAAAACACAGAGAACAAUGAGCUUGGCAGUGUAAAGACUGGCUCUUCAUUUUACAUAGCUAAAUUAAAGGGUCAUAUUCAUUCCUGUUGGAGUUAAUGGCAGCUGUACAAUUCUAGGGAUCAGGCUUUUAUAAACAGAGUUUAAUGUAUUUUUCUUUCCUAAAGAGUAAAACUGAAUUCCUCUAUAACUAAGAGUUUGCUUCUAUUUAUGGAUUGCACUGGGCUAUGCAUAUAUGUGGUAUACAUAGUGCAGGCCAAUGGUUAGCACUCAAAUCUGAAGCUCUUCAGUGAUCAGUUAUGUUUCAAAAUAAUUCCAUUGAAUUGCCCUCUGCCGUGCCAAGAAAUACUCUGCUAGGCUCUGACCUGCUCUUGCUGUCUUUUAAAUUGUUAUGGAUUUUAGUGAGAAUCUGUUUUAAAAAAAAGGUUGCUAGAUUUAUCCAGGAGACUCUAGUUACCUCAUUUUACUUAUCAGGUUUAAUCUGUAGAGCUGCUCCUGGCUGGUGAUGUACUUGGUGCAGCAGUGUGUGUGUGCAAGAAGGCUGGGCUGGAGCAUGAGCUGUCUGAGAGAUUUUUGAGAAGACCUGUGUGAAGGAAGUGGGAUUGUAAUUUACAGAGUAAGCUUGUGGGAUCUGCAUAUAGUAGAAGACCUUUCCUUGGAGUGCAUAGAAGAGAGGUUUGACUGCUGCUUUUAUGCAUCACAGCAGCAACUUUUUUUUUUUGUUUUUUAAUGAGCAGCUGUGAUGUUGUGUGAAACAUUAGGCAGGGUGCCCCAAAGAGGAUGCAGGUAGUAAUUCUCUGCUCCACUUGAGUUCUGUUUUAAGUAGGCAUCCUCUUGCCCUAAAAAUGGAUUUCUUAUACCAAAUAUUAUUUACCCAUGUGUUCAAGAGGAAACAUGCUAUUUGAAUGGUAUAAUUUUACAACAAGGAUUUUCUCUUUCCCUCCUUAAACAUUUUUUAAUCCCAAAGGGGAGGAAGGGCCUUCUGCUUCUUUGUUUUAUAUUUUUGGGUUCUGAGUUCUAGUAUUUGAACUAUUUGGGUCUCCUUCCCUCAUACCUUCAAAACAAAAAUGGAAGGAAGCUGCCUUUUUCCUGAAAAAUUCAGAGCUCAUCUGCUCUGUAAGGUUCUGUGGGGAAUCAUUGCUUGCCUGUGCUCUGGGAGGGAGCUGACCUCUCCCUGUUUACACAAAGCCUAAAACAAUUGGACACGAAUUUCAAAUGGGGCCACCAGACUCUUCCUUGAUGUUAUUGCAGAGCAGUAUUAGCAGUUACUGCAGAGGAGACUUGCAGAGGCACUAAGGCCUGGUGGGUCAUCUCUUCUGGCAAGUUAAUGAAAUUGGUCUAACUUUUUGUGCUGUGAAAUAGAGGUGUUGUGAGGCUGGAAGGUGAUUGAACUGAAAGGUCUUUCAAUCUUUUAGUUUGAUGCAGUGUAUUUGUGGGAAACAAAUCUGUUGAAGAGCUGUCAUUCCAGCCACCUCCCUUCAGGUGACGUGGAAAUGCCAUUGCUGUUUAUAUUUGGCAAACUGCUGGGAAAGGUCUCCAGAGAAUCUAUCUUUUGAAAUUGUAAGCCAUACUGAUACCAAAAGCAAACAGAAAAUAACAGGAGGAGAUGGAUUAGAGCAUUUUUUGGCUUUGAGAAGGAGAAUGGGUGGUUUUGAGAUGGGAUUAUACAGCUGGCAUCUUCAUUGCAUGUGAGCAUAUGAGAACAUAAUUCCAAAUUUUAAGAGUUCCUGUUUUGUUCAACUUUGUCUUUCUGUUCACUCUGCAGAAAGUCUCCAAGUCCCCCCCCUACAACCCGAGGCAUGGGUCCAUUUUAGCAUUCCUCCCAUCAAUAUCCCUGUCAGACAAGACUGCAGGCUUGGUGCCUUGAGCAGGUUGGGGGCACAUGUCGUAUCCUGUUUUGUUAUGGUUUUAAGUAAAUAUCAUACAGGAAAAAUACAUUUUUCAUUCCUUGGCUCCUUGUUGUCUAGCCAGAUCACCCUUCCUAUAAAUACUGUAUUUAUUGUUAACCAGAUGGGAGACAGGAUGGAUUUAACUGAACUGGAGCUUCAUCCCAAUCAGUCCAGUUUCCAGGAGGAGCAAUGUCUGUAAAAGUUCCCUAAACACUCGUUUUUGUCAUGCCUUUCUGUUACAUAUGCAUGAUACUUCUUUUCCUCUUCAAAAAGAUAAGUCAAAAGUUAAAACUGUUGUUCAUGAACACUUUGUGUUAUUAGAGUUUUAGGUAUGUUCCCUACAUGCCAGUGGGGUAGAUCUGAAUGCUGUUGACUUCAUCUGGAGUGUUGAAUGCUUUGCAGCAUUAAUGUUUCCAUUCUUGUAAGUGCUUAAUGAAAGUCUGUAUUUUCCAAUCCAUACAACUUUCUUUUCAGGUGCAUCUGUUUGACCUACUCAGUUCCAGUGAGCUGUAUUACCACAGAAGUAGACCAGAUGCUCCUCCACUGUAUCCUGUUUUUCAAGAUGAAAAACCAACAGUGGCAGGUUAAAAAAAGAUCUGUUUAAGCCUUAUAGGAUUUCUUACCUCUCUUCCUUCAGUGCUUUCAGUAUUAAUAUAUUUUUAAGAGUCUUUUCUACUCUUUUUAACAGUGUUUACUCUGGAUUUCUAACUACUAAAAACCGGCCUUGCAGAUAAAAUUCUGAACUUGUCAUAUGCUGGAGAUAUCCAGCUUUGUGACAGGAGUUGUGUACUGUAAGCAAGUUACAAUGCAAUGCUAUGUUUGCUAAAAGUCACAUCAGGAGUGUUAUGCAUGGUUUGUGACAGUUGUACUAUUUAUUCGAAUAAAUAAAUAAUGAUUGCUUGG